UUGCGCGGCUGCCUCUCCUUUUGUGCGCCACUUGGACUUGGAGGCACAAGGCAGCCACACCAGCGGCACAUUAUUCCACCGGUGGUCCCCCAGUCGGCGGCGAUAUAUCCUAGAGACACUUCUGGCUGGUUUUCCCUUCUCUUUCCUGUGCUGGGAGACGCUCGGUUGAAAGUCCUCCAUGAUGCUCGGAGCAGUUAAAAUGGAAGGACACGAGCACACCGACUGGAGCACCUACUAUGGCGAGCCUGAGUGUUACACUUCCGUUGGCAACAUGAACGGCGGCCUGGGCCUCAACACAAUGAACACUUACAUGAGCAUGUCCGGCAUGAGCACCUCCGCCAACAUGUCCGCCAACUCCAUGAACAUGUCCUACGUCAACACCGCGAUGAGUCCCUCCAUGACCGGCAUGUCGCCGAGCACCGGCGCAAUGAACGGCAUGGGCGCGGGCAUGACGGCCAUGAGCGCGGCCCUCAGCCCCAGCAUGAGCCCCAUGACCGGGCAGCCGGCCUCCAUGAACGCGCUGACGUCCUACACCAACAUGAACGCCAUGAGUCCCAUCUACGGACAGUCCAACAUUAACCGAUCCAGAGACCCGAAGACGUACCGGAGGAGCUACACGCACGCCAAGCCUCCGUACUCCUACAUCUCUCUCAUCACCAUGGCCAUCCAGCAGUCCCCCAGUAAGAUGCUCACCCUGGCCGAGAUCUACCAGUGGAUAAUGGACCUCUUCCCCUUCUACCGGCAGAACCAGCAGCGCUGGCAGAACUCAAUCCGCCAUUCCUUGUCGUUCAACGACUGCUUCCUCAAGGUGCCCAGGUCGCCGGAUAAACCCGGAAAGGGCUCGUUUUGGACUCUCCACCCGGACUCGGGGAACAUGUUCGAGAACGGCUGCUACCUGCGGAGACAGAAACGCUUCAAGUGCGACAAGAAGAUGCCCGGGAAGGAGUCCGGGCGGAAGGCGGGAGACGGCUCGUCCCACAGCAGCUCGGAAAGCUGUAACGGAAACGAGUCGCCGCACUCGAACUCGUCUUCCGGGGAGCACAAAAGGUCCAUGUCGGACAUGAAGGCCGGACACGAGGCGCUGAGUCCGGAGCACGCGGCCGCCGCCGCCGCCGCCGCUGCCGCCGCCGCCGCCGCCGCAGCAGCAGCGGCAGCCGCCGCGGCCUCCGCCUCCUCCCCGCAGGGUCAGCACCUCCUGGCCCAGCAUCACUCGGUGCUGACCCACGACCCUCACAUGAAGCCGGAGCACCACUACUCCUUCAACCACCCCUUCUCCAUCAACAACCUCAUGUCCUCGGAGCAGCAGCACCACCACCAUCACCACAAAAUGGACCUAAAGACAUACGAGCAGGUGAUGCACUACUCGGGCUACGGCUCCCCCAUGACCGGGGCCCUCUCCAUGGGCUCCAUGGCGGGGAAGGCCGGGCUGGACACCUCCAUACCGGACUCCUCUUACUACCAGGGUGUCUACUCCCGGCCCAUCAUGAACUCCUCAUAAAAAUGACUUUUAUCUGUACAUUUGUAAAAAAAAAGAAAAAACAAAAAACAAAAAAAGGAAAAAGAAAAAAAAACGCAAUAUAGAAUUUGUGAACAAUAUGUAUUUCACAUAUUUUGGACGUUUCUCAUCGUUUUAGUUAGCCUGAUUAUUUCCCACAGGAUAUUGUUGAAAACUUGUCUGCAGCAUGCAGGAAUGGACUCCAAAGAAAAUGAGCUGUAAAAAAAAAGAACUUCUGCAUAACUGAAUUAAAAAAAACACCAACAAAAAAAAACAACAAAAAAACACAUGGAUUUCUUCAAUCAUUUGUGUAAUUCCUAUUUAUGGCUUGUAUAUGUGUAUUCUUGUAGUGACAAGAGCAGAAUCUAUAUUAAAGUGUUAUUGGUCAU